CCCGCCGGGGGCGUGGAUAAGUGCUACUGAGGGGCUGACCUAAGCUCGUAGAAGGCAGGACGGAAGUGUCUACGUCUGGGCCGCCUUGGUUACCGCGUUCUCCGCCCCUCGCUACGUCAUCGCUCUGAGCCCGCGAUCCGCUGCCCGCGCGGGCGCCGCCCGAGACUGUGGGGCCCCGGUUGCCGCCCCCUCAGGAGCCACCAUGUUGGUGAUACCCCCCGGACUGAGCGAGGAGGAGGAGGCUCUGCAGAAGAAAUUCAACAAACUCAAGAAAAAGAAAAAGGCAUUGCUGGCUCUAAAGAAGCAAAGUAGCAGCAGCACAACCAGCCAAGGCGGUGUCAAACGCUCACUGUCAGAGCAGCCUGUGGUGGACACAGCCACGGCAACAGAGCAGGCAAAGCAGCUGGUGAAGUCAGGAGCCAUCAGUGCCAUCAAGGCUGAGACCAAGAACUCGGGCUUCAAACGUUCUCGAACCCUAGAGGGGAAGUUAAAGGACCCUGAGAAGGGGCCAGUCCCCACUUUCCAGCCGUUCCAGAGGAGCAUAUCUGCGGACGAUGAUCUGCAGGAGUCCUCCAGACGUCCCCAGAGGAAAUCUCUGUAUGAGAGCUUUGUGUCUUCCAGUGACCGACUUCGGGAACUGGGACCAGAUGGGGAGGAGGCAGAGGGCCCAGGGGCUGGUGAUGGCCCCCCUCGAAGCUUUGACUGGGGCUAUGAAGAACGUGGUGGUGCCCAUUCCUCAGCCUCCCCUCCCCGAAGCCGCAGCCGGGACCGCAGUCGUGAGCGGAACCGAGACAGAGACCGAGACCGGGAACGGGAUCGAGACAGAGAUCGGGAUCGGGACCGGGACCGUGAGCGGGACAGAGACCGUGAUCGAGAUCGGGACAGGGACCGAGACCGAGACAGGGAUCGGGAUCGAGACAGGGAUCGGGAUCGCGACCGAGAGGGCCCUUUCCGCAGGUCGGACUCGUUCCCUGAACGCCGGGCCCCUCGGAAGGGGAAUACUCUGUAUGUGUACGGAGAAGACAUGACACCUGCCCUCCUCCGGGGGGCCUUCUCUCCCUUUGGAAACAUCAUUGACCUCUCCAUGGACCCACCCAGAAACUGUGCCUUCGUCACCUAUGAAAAGAUGGAGUCAGCAGAUCAGGCUGUUGCUGAGCUCAAUGGGACCCAGGUGGAGUCUGUACAGCUCAAAGUCAGCAUCGCCCGCAAACAGCCCAUGCUGGACGCCGCCACUGGCAAGUCUGUCUGGGGCUCCCUCGCUGUCCAGAACAGCCCUAAGGGUUGCCACCGAGACAAGAGGACCCAGAUUGUCUACAGUGAUGACGUCUACAAGGAGAACCUUGUGGAUGGCUUCUAGGGAAUGGAGCUGGAUUCCAUGUGCCUCAUCAGCCCCAACACUGGUCUCAGUAAAACACUGAGGUGGAAGCUC